CCACACCGCAGUCCUUUACAGGAAAAGUAAGAAGGAGAGUAUACCACAGACGCGUCGAAAGGCCUCGCAGACGGCACUUUUUUUUUUGCGUUUCUUUGGGAUAAAGAAAACCAAACUACUUUUAAAAUGUUCCGUACUAUGGUUGUCCAGGCUAGAAAGCACCCCAGCUUGAUCCCCCUGUUCGUCUUCAUCGGCUCAGGGGCGGUGGGGGCCACCCUCUACCUUGCACGCCUGGCCUUGCGCAAUCCUGAUGUCUCCUGGGAUCGCAAGAAUAACCCUGAGCCCUGGAACAAACUGGGGCCCAAUGACCGGUACAAGUUCUUUGCCGUAAACAUGGAUUACAACAAAUUAAAGAAGAACGGGCCAGACUUCUAAGCUCACCUCUCCUGCCAGCUACAGGACCAAGGUCUUUAGAAGCCACUCCGCACAAUCAACAGGAGCCAAAAAGAAAAAAACAGAAGCAGAACCGCACAAAAAAGCCAUUUGCGUUCAGGAAUGCAUCUCGCCCUCAGCUUUCCGCACAGAACUUCGUACCAUCCUUCCGAUAUUUAUGGUUUGCUGCCUCAAUAAAAUAAAGCAGUUUGCCACCUACUGAAUCGGUGUGAAACUG